UAUUAAAAAAAAAGAACAAACUUGUAGAGUUUUAGGGUGUGUUUUGGGGUCUUGCACCAUGGACCCCACUCGAAGAAAGUUUGAAAUAAUUGAAAGGGAAUAUAAUACUUGUUUUAAUUAAGAAUGGAAGGUUGACAGUUGAUUAUUUCUUGCUUGCUUUCAUAAUUAUUGUAAUCUUUUUCUGCAGGAUAUCUGUUGGCUGGUGGUGUCAUUGUUCAAUGAUAAGGAGGGGUUGUUGUUGUUGAUGAUGUUCUCUUAGGAUGUUUGCGGAUCAGGUUUGUCUCCACAUGGAUAAGCUUCUGCUUUGAGUUUUUUGCUUUCAAUCACUCUCUUGGUGGCUCUCUCUGUUCCCCCAAUUGAAGGCACACCACAAAGACAGACAUUUCUUUCCUGGGUUCUAAACAGAAUCUCUUAGAGGGGGGGAAAUUAAGGUUGUUUGUGCUACAUUUGAGAGGGGGUGAGAAGAGAUAUGGCAACUUAUUAUUCAGGUUUGACCAACCAAAGAGAUGCACUCCCACUAUUGCCAGACCAAAAGCACACUUCUUUCCAGUCUGGUGUUCCCGGGGGCGUGAUGUUUCUGAACCAUCCCUACCCAGAGUUAUCGCCAAAUAACAAUGCUGAGGUUCAGUCGAUUCGAAGUGGGGAUGAGAUGCUUCUUCUUUCACCUACUUCUGAUCUGCUGAAUAUGCAGCAGCCAGUUGGUAGUCUUCUCAAUGGCGGGUCUGGUUCUAUGGAGGCCAACGCGUUUUCAUCGAAACCUUUUGAUAUGCAAAAUGUUCAAUAUCAAGGAUUAUCUCUCAGCUUGGCCAUGGAAGUUCCAUCUUCAGUUCAAGUGCCAUCGUACCAUGAUCAGUAUAGGAACUCGGGUUUUUCUUCAUUGUUGACUUCCCACGCUCAGGGAUCUCAUCAGUAUAACGAAGAUAAAAACGUUGAAUAUUUGUCGUUUGAUCUGGCUGGAGAUCAUCAUCAGAACGGUGUCAAAGUUGGAGCCAUGGACAACCUCGAGAGCUCCAUAGGCCUCCGAGAGGUGAAUUUUAGUGCACAUUUACAUGAAGCAACCGCGGGGGCUUCAGCAUCCAUUUAUAAUUCCAAGUAUCUGAAGGCAGCACAGGAUUUACUCGAUGAAGUCGUGAAUGUUCAAUCAGCUAAAAAGCAAGCGGACAAACAGAAUCAUUUUUCAUUUCUAAAAAAUGGGUCCGAAGAGACUGAGGUGAAGUCCAGCUGUUCGGUUCCUGGGAUGGCCUCCGAUAUGAUCUCUGCUGAACUCUCAGCCACAGAACAAUAUGAUCUCGAGAGCAAGAUGACAAAACUCUUUUCUUUGUUGGACAAGGUGGAUAUGUCAUACAAACAGUACUAUGAACACAUGCAAGUUUUAGUCUCGUCGUUUGAGAUGGUUGCUGGGCUCGGUGCUGCUAGGCCAUACACAUCGCUCGCCCUCAAAACCAUUUCCUGCCAAUUUCGCUGCCUGUGUGAUGCAAUCAAGAAGCAGAUUCAAAUUACUCGACAAAGUUUAGGGGAACAAGGCAAUAGUCAAGGGGAGAGAUUGUAUCGUCUCCGCCAUGUGGAUCAUCAGAUGAGGCAACAAAGGUUGCUUCAGCAAUUUGGCGUGAUGAGACAACCUUGGAGGCCACUCAGAGGUUUGCCCGAGAAUGCUGUUUCAAUCCUUCGCGCUUGGCUCUUUGAACAUUUCCUCCACCCUUACCCAAAAGACUCGGAGAAAGUCACACUAGCGAGACAAACAGGCUUAACAAGAAGUCAGGUUGCAAACUGGUUUAUAAAUGCACGAGUCCGUCUUUGGAAGCCCAUGAUUGAGGAAAUGUACAAGGAGGAAGUUCGCGAUGCAGAAGCGGGCUCCACCGCCUCACCAGAACAGAUUCGGGCUGCAGCAUCCGAGGAAACAGCAGAUAAAGAGCUUCAAGAGAGUUUAACAGGUGAUUACAGUUGCAUACAGCAAUAUAGUGAUGUAAGAACGAACAACGUUCCCGAUCAUUUACUUGAUGCUUCUCGCUCAUGAACCGGGCGUUGGAAGCGCUAUUCUUCUUCUGCUGCUACUAGUACAUAAUGUGAGAUAGGAGAUUACUCUCUUGUAGACUCUGCAAUACAAGAAAAGUUUAUAACUUUAUAAUUUAUAUAUAUAUAUAUAUAUAUAUAUAUACACUUCUGGUUUAUCAUUUGUAUAAUAGUGAAUACUAUAGGGGUCAUGCUUAGCUUAGUUUUUAAGUGGAACACUGUAGUAUACAGUAUACUGUGUUUGGCAAUUACAAAAAAUUGAAUCUUGUACAAAA